ACAGUCUUCAUUUGGCGAUGAUCUUCACAGCGGAGCAGGUUGCAUGCGUGUGCGAGGUCCUCCUGCAGAGCGGAUGCGUGGAACAUCUCGCCGGCUUCCUCUGCACUCUGCCUCCUGCUUUGCUCACCUCAUCCUGCUCCUGCCCCGGGGACUUGGAGAGCGUGCUGAAGGCCAAAGCGGCGGUGGCCUUCCACCAGGGGUGUUUCUCUGACCUCUACACCCUGCUGGAGGGCUUCCCCUUCUCCACACGUAGCCACUCGCUCCUGCAGCAGCUCUGGCUCCGAGCCCACUACAUGGAGGCUGAAAUGCAGAGGGGAAGACCCCUGGGAGCUGUGGGAAAAUACCGCGUAAGACGAAGGUUCCCUCUACCGGACACCAUCUGGGAUGGAGAGGAGACCAGCUACUGUUUUAAGGAAAAAUCACGGAUGAUACUCAGACAGUGGUACCAUCGCAAUCCAUAUCCCUCGACACUGGAGAAACGAGAGCUCGCAGCUGCCACUGGUCUGACCACCACACAGGUUAGCAAUUGGUUUAAAAACCGCCGGCAGAGAGACCGAACCACUGCCGUUACCACGUCAACAAGUUUCCAAACAGCUGGUUUCAGAGGAACUUUGAGAGAAAUCCUCCCACCACAUGAAGAUGACCUUUCACCUCCAGGCAGCCCUGAUCUUUACUACCCUCGAAGUUCACCUCCUCACCUGACUCAUCCAUCACCACCUCCUUUACGACACAUGUGACGAGGCCUGAUCUGAGUUUCUGGUUUAUCUGAUCCAUAUCAAAUUGAAAACCAAGUUCACAGACCUUUGUCAAAAAUAAUUUUUUAAAUAACUAAUUUAAGAGCGACAAAGCAAGUCUGGUAGAAAUCAGUACAAGUAUGUGGGAGCAGCAGGCCAACAGACUUUUGGCAAAUUUGACCUUUCUCGGAAAUUCUAGAACUGACCUACAUGUGUGCCAUGUUUGGUGCACAUCAGAGUGGGGGGGGGGAACAACAAAAACAAAAACACACAAAAA